AUGGAAAGAGCCAGGCGAAGGGGAGGCGGCGGCGGCGGCGGCGGCGGCGGCGGCGGCGGCGGCGGCCGUGGCCGCGGAGGCAAGAACGUAGGGGGCUCUGGCCUAAGCAAGAGUAGACUCUAUCCCCAGGCCCAGCACUCGCACUACCCCCACUACUCGGCGUCAGCCACCCCUAAUCAGGCUGGGGGCGCAUCCGAAAUCCAGGAGCUGGCCUCCAAGCGAGUGGACAUCCAGAAAAAGAGGUUUUACCUAGACGUGAAGCAAAGCUCCCGGGGCCGCUUCCUAAAGAUAGCUGAAGUCUGGAUUGGGAGAGGCCGGCAGGACAAUAUCAGAAAGAGUAAACUGACCCUCUCCCUGUCAGUGGCCGCAGAGCUGAAGGACUGUCUGGGCGAUUUCAUCGAACACUAUGCCCACCUGGGCCUGAAAGGCCACAGGCAAGAGCAUGGCCAGAGCAAAGAGCAAGUCUCCAGGAGGCGGCAGAAGCACCCUGCACCCUCCCCGCCAGUGUCGGUGGGGUCAGAAGAGCAUCCUCACAGUGUCCUCAAAACAGACUAUAUAGAGAGGGACAAUAGAAAAUACUACCUAGACCUGAAGGAGAAUCAGCGAGGUCGCUUCCUAAGGAUUAGACAGACCAUGAUGCGGGGCACUGGCAUGAUAGGUUAUUUUGGCCACAGUUUGGGCCAGGAACAGACUAUCGUCCUCCCAGCACAAGGAAUGAUUGAAUUUCGUGAUGCCUUGGUUCAGCUGAUUGAAGACUAUGGUGAAGGAGAUAUAGAAGAGCGAAGAUGUGGAGACGACGAGCCACUUGAACUCCCAGAGGGGACCUCUUUCAGAGUGGACAGUAAAAGGUUCUACUUUGAUGUGGGCUCUAAUAAAUAUGGAAUUUUCCUGAAGCUCACAAAUUACCCUAAAUCCAGAGAGAAUCUCAGCCUUUUUCACUGUUGUCAGACCAAGCAUAAGGAACAGCCCUAUGAUACUACAAAACAGUUGAGGACUAAGGACUAAAUCCUUUAUGUUCCACUCCAGAAUAAAGGCAUUCGGUGAAAGAAAUGAACUGAAGUUCAUCAUGAGUGCAAGGCUUCUGUACUUGGCAUUCCUGCACGGAAGGGAAGACAGGUAUCGACGCCAUUGGCAUCAUUUUCAAACUGACCUUAUGCAGAAAGCCCUCCACCACGCUGGAGGACUUCUCGACAGUCCGGUUUGCUAUGUGGGGGAGGGGGAGUGUUUUAAUUCUUUAAGUCUUUCAAUUUCCAAAUCGCUGUUUGCCAGCAUUGAGGGAGAAGACAUGUAGACUUGAAAAUACUUUCUUAAGAGAUCAUGUAACUAUAUAACUAUGAAUUUAAAUUUUGAGGGGGGGGUCAUUUCAAUCCGCUGCCUCGUAUAAGAAACAUUUUUUUAAAAUCUGUAACUGCUUUAGUGUUAACAGGGUACAAGGUGUUUUUGUCCUGUAUCGUAUUUCAAAGGUUCUCAUCGGUUGUGACUGUAUUGUACUGUAUGAAAAGAAGUCAGAAAUUGCCUUGUAUUGUUUAUAAUGGACCAUAACACAUACUAAUUCAGUUUUCAUGUUCCAAGUUUUUCAGUGAUGCAUGUUCACAGUUAGGUCCUAAAAUCCUGUGGUGCUAAUUCCUCCAUAAUUCAAUGGUGCUUUUGUGGAUGCUAACUGCACACAUGCUGAACAAAGCUUGAAAUUCAGAACCUCCCUCCUUCCUCUGUUUAUAUGAAGUAAAAUAAAAUAACUUGAAUUUGUCUCAAAGUAUCACUGACAAUCCAAUAAACUGGUUUCUAUGUGUCA